CAGGCUUUUCCGGCCCGAGUGGAAUUCCUACCGCACUUUGCUUGGCCUCGCUUCCUCCGUGUGCAAUGGCUCCGGACUCAGGUCCCUCUCCCGAAGGGCCGCUCUUAAAGCUGCUACCGUUAGACGCCAGGGACCGGGGCACGCAGCGCUGUCGCCUGGGCCCGAGCGCCCUCCGCGCUUUGGGCGCGCACUUGGGCUCGGCGGUGAAGAUCUCGCUGCCUGACGGCGGCUCCUGCCUCUGUACCGCCUGGCCGCGGCGGGACGGAGCGGACGGCUUUGUGCAACUGGACCCGCAGUGCGCGAGCCGCGGGGCGGCGGUGGGGGCGCCGGGGUCCCGGGGGAGUCUCAGCCUGAGCUGCCUCCGCCUGGUGCCCUGCCCGCCCCUUCAGCGCCUCACCGUGUGGCCGGUGUUGCGCGAGCGGGCGGGGGCGCCCGGUGCCCCGAAUCCAGCCGCGGUGCUGGAGGCGGCGCAGGAGCUGCUGAGGAACCGACCGGUCUCCCGGGGCCACGUGGUGGCCGCUCCGCCGGGCGCCCCCGGCCCGGUGGCCGCCCUGCACAUCGUCAGCGGGACGCCCAGCCCGGAGCCGGCCGGGCUGGUCACCCCUCGCACCCGUAUCGGUCUCGGCGAGGAGCCUCCGGCAGAGGCGGAGCCGCAGCCCGAGGUGCCCUUGGGGGGCCUUUCGGAGGCGGCCGACUCGCUGCGGGAGCUCCUCCGCCUGCCGCUCCGCUACCCGCGCGCCGUGGCCGCGCUGGGGCUCGCAGUGCCGCGCGGGGUGCUGCUGGCGGGCCCCCCCGGAGUGGGCAAGACCCAGCUGGUGCGGGCCGUGGUCCGGGAGGCGGGCGCCGAGCUGCUGGCCGUGAGCGCCCCCGCGCUGCAGGGCGCCCGGCCCGGCGAGACCGAGGAGAACGUGCGGCGGGUCUUCCAGCGCGCCCGGGAGCUGGCCAGCCGCGGGCCCACCCUCCUCUUCCUGGACGAGGUCGACGCCCUGUGUCCCCGGCGGGGCGGCCCACACCGAGCCCCCGAGAGCCGCGUGGUGGCCCAGGUGUUGACGCUGCUAGACGGCAUCGGUGGAGACCGCGAGGUGGUGGUGGUGGGAUCCACCAACCGGCCGGAUGCGCUUGACCCAGCGCUGCGCAGACCUGGGAGAUUUGACCGAGAGGUUGUCAUUGGGACUCCCACACUUAAACAAAGAAAGGAGAUUCUACAAGUGAUUACCUCGAAGAUGCCCAUCUCCAGUCAAGUCAAUUUGAGCCUCCUUGCAGAAAUGACAGUUGGCUAUGUUGGCGCUGACCUGACCGCACUCUGUAGGGAGGCUGCCGUGCACGCUCUGCUUCAUAGUGAGAAGAAUCAGGACAAUCCGAUGAUUGAUGAAACAGACUUUUUUGACGCUUUUAAAAAGAUUCAACCUUCAUCAUUUCGAAGUGUCAUUGGACUAAUGGACAUAAAGCCUGUUGGCUGGGAGCAGAUUGGUGGCCUUGAAGAUGUAAAACUGAAGUUAAAACAGAGCAUUGAAUGGCCUCUGAAGUUCCCUCGGGAAUUUGUUAGGCUGGGCCUGACACAACCAAAGGGAGUUCUCCUGUAUGGUCCCCCUGGAUGUGCUAAAACCACCCUGGUGAGGGCCCUGGCCACAAGCUGUCAUUGCUCUUUUGUUUCAGUGAGCGGAGCUGAUCUCUUUUCACCUUUUGUUGGAGAUUCAGAAAAAGUCUUGUCUCAGGUAUUUCGACAAGCAAGAGCAAAUACUCCAGCAAUUGUGUUUUUGGAUGAAAUUGAUUCAAUCUUGGGCUCUCGAUCAAUCAGCAAAACAGGAUAUGAUGUUCAAGAGCGUCUUCUUUCUGUUCUCCUGAACGAAUUAGAUGGUGUUGGACUGAAGACGGUAGAGAGAAGAGGAAGUACAUCAGAUCAACAGGGUAAAUACAAGGAGCUGAAAAAAAAUGAAGAGUUAGAGUUACAAGAAGUUUUUAAUCAAAAUGUCAUGAUUGUUGCGGCAACAAAUAGACCUGACGUGUUAGAUGAUGCCUUGUUACGGCCUGGAAGAUUAGAUAAGAUUAUUUAUAUUCCGCCUCCAGAUGAAAAGGGCAGGCUUUCUAUUUUGAAAGUCUGUACAAAAAAUAUGCCAAUAGAGCCUGAUGUUUCCUUAGAAAACCUAGCAGCAGAAACCUGUUUUUUCUCUGGAGCUGAUCUUGGAAACCUCUGUAGAGAAGCUGCCUUGCUGGCUCUGCAAGAAAAUGGACUAGAAGCAACCACAGUGAAACAAGAGCACUUUCUAAAAUCACUUAAGACUGUAAAACCAUCCUUAAGUCACAAGGAUUUAACUUUAUAUAAAAACUUAUUUCAGAAACAAGGAUUUUCUAACUUAGAGGAUAUUUAAAAAUUACUUUACACAGCUGCUCAAGGAUUAAUUGAAAUGUGAAUUUGCGCUUCAGUUUGUGACUUCACACUUUGAGAGUUUGUGUGUGUGUUAUUUCCUGUAAAUAAAAAACUUGUGCCUGAUAAGCUAAGAUUUAUCUUAUUUCUAAAAGAUAUAUUAAAAUACCAUAAUUUAGGAAGAAAAUGUAUGUAUGUGUGUUGAUUUUGUAAUGGGGGUGGUGGUGAUUUUGUUUUGUUUUGACUGAUUGCUUUUUUUAACUUUAUUUUGAAAUAAUUUCAUACUUACAGAAAAGUUGCAAGAAUAGUACAAAGAACUCAUAUACUCUUAACCCGGAUUCACCAGUUUUUUACAUUUUGCCAUAUUUGCUUUCACUCUUUCUUUCUCUCUCCACACACAUGCAGUAUUUUUCUGAACUAUUUAAGAAUAGCUUUUAUACACCAUGCCCCUUUAUCUCCUUAAUACUUCAGUGUAUAUUUCUUACAAAUAAGGUUAUUUUCUUAUAUGACCACUGUGCAGUUAUCAACUGCAGGAAAUUUAACAUUGAUCCUAUAUUCUAAUCUGUCAUCCAAUGAAUUUCAUCCAUUGUUCCAAUAGUAAUUUUUUUCCCAUUAGAGGCAGACUUAGUAUUUUAUGGAACAAUUGGCUCCUGAUUUGUGUUUGUCUGGUGUCUCAUCGUGACAGAUACAGGUUAUGCAUCACCAGUGGAGCGCUACAGAAGUGCCGUCACGUCCUCAGAUCGCAGCUGGCGGUGCGUGACAUCUGCACAUUAUUGGUGACGUUAGUUUUGAUCACUUGUUUAUGGUAUUGUCCAGUUUCUCCACUGUAUAGCUACUAUUUUUCCUUUUGUAAUUGU